AUGGCGCGCGCAGGACAUUCAGGCACAGUUGUAGGCUCAGCGAUAGUAGUACGGGAGAAGUACUACUGGCCUGACCUACAGCUGAACCUCUGGACAAUUGUCAUGCUGGCAACAGCCGGAACAAUAUUGGGAAUCAAUGCGCAGUUCAUGGCAAUACAAGAUCGCAUGGGAUUAGGAACACCUUGGAUCAUGCCCUACGGUGUCACAGUCGGCACACUGGCUAUAAUCUUCAUCAUCAUAGAAAUCGUCUUCAUUGCGCAACGGAAACUACUCCCAGCCACCAUGAUGCUACUAUCCUUUAUCCUCCUCGUCCUCUUCAUAGCCGGAAUUAUCGGAACCGCAAUACAACUCUUCGCAGGACCAAAUAUCAACAACCAAUGCAACACAUACGUCUUCAACGACGACGCAAGUGGACCGAAUGUGGAUACAUUGGCGUUCCUACAGCAGAGGAACAUCUGUCAAUGUUGGCAAGCUGAAUUCGCUUUUUGGAUUAUCGGCAGCAUAUUCCUCGUUUGGAUGAUGGUCAUGGCUAGCCAGGUCAACUCGAACCAAUAUGCUCGAUGA